AAUACACAAAUAUUCCUUCUGAUCAGAUACUUCAGCUGUUGAAAAUAUUGGGAAUCUGCAAUUAUUUGCCAUUAGGACUUAGGCUCAUCCUGCUUUUGAAUUACUUUUUCUGCACCAGGUCUACUGAAUCUGGACUGAACAGAAGUCUUGAAAGAAGACUCUGCGCUGGUCUUGCUUUGCAUCAUAUAGAUCUGCGUUCAAGGUGGCUGCCCUAAAACGAAGGGAGGGUUUUUGAAAAGUUGUGGAGCUUCACGUUUCUCUGCUUGGUUGACAAAGCCUCUCGUGCGUGGAAGUGGAUGUUGUGGAGUCCUUCUAAUAACUUGUAUUAGCUUCUUUAUUGAUAGUCAAGUGUUGUGCAAGUUAUUUCUGGCAGGCCCUCAGAAAAGCUACUAGGCAGGUGGUCUCCGUCUGACUGACUUCCCAUGUCAUACUACCAGGAGGACUUCUUCAAAGAAUACCUCAAAAUGAUGGCGAAUAUUGUCAUCCUGAGCUUGCUCAUAUGUAUUUCUUUGGCUUUUUGGAUCGUGUCCAUGACCGCAAGUACCUACUAUGGCACUUUACGACCCAUUUCUCCAUGGCGUUGGCUUUUUUCAGUCUUGGUUCCACUAGUGAUUGCUACACAGGGUUUUAAGAAGAAGAGUCUUGAUCACAGUGGUGCUUUGGGAGGAUUGGUGGUUGGAUUUAUCCUUACAGUUGCAAAUUACAGUUUCUUCACUGCUUUGUUUGUAUUUUUUGUUACUUCUUCAAAACUUACUAAAUGGAAAAAAGAUGUGAAGAAGCAAAUAGAUUCAGAAUACAAAGAGGGUGGACAAAGGAAUUGGGUACAAGUAUUCUGUAAUGGCGGUGUUCCUACUGAGCUGGCCAUCUUAUAUAUGAUAGAAAACGGACCAGGUGAAAUUUCGAUAGACUUUUCCAAGCAAUACACAGCAUCAUGGAUGUGCUUAUCCCUCUUAGGAGCAUUGGCAUGCUCUGCUGGUGAUACAUGGGCUUCAGAGAUUGGUAGUGUAAUGAGUAAAAGCAAGCCAAGGUUGAUAACAACCUGGGAAAAGGUUCCAGUAGGUACGAAUGGAGGAAUUACUUUAGUGGGCCUGUUCUCAAGUUUACUUGGUGGCAUGGCAGUAGGUGCAGCCUACUUCGUAACACAGCUCAUUUUUGUGAGUGAUCUGGAUGCGUCUGCGCCACAAUGGCCAAUUAUUGUGUUUGGUGCAGCAGCUGGCUUACUGGGAUCAAUUGUUGAUUCGUAUUUGGGAGCAACGAUGCAAUACAGUGGUUUUGACAAGAAUAUUGGCAUGGUUGUCAACCACCAAACAAGAGACUCCAAGCACGUAUCUGGAAAACCUAUAUUAGACAACAACGCAGUAAAUCUGUUUUCUUCUGUAAUCAUUGCUUUGGUGCUUCCAAGUGUGGCAUGGGGUUUCUGGCCAAGAGGUUGAAGUGGUUGAAAGUUUUUCUGUAUGUGACUCAGUGUUGUUGAGCCUUACUCAAAGACUCUUACGAGUGCUCUUUGGAUGCUCUUGAGGAGAGGGGUCUGCAACCAUCAGAGCCAAAGGACUUUCCAUCACAAUUUCUUUAGGCUAUAAGCUUCAUAUGGCAGUUGCCAUCUGUCAGGGUGAAGAAGGGAUUUUUGUCAAUAUGCUCCUGCUGCUUUUCAAGUGGAUGUUGAUCACUGCUAAGCGAGGUGAAGCAGUUCAUUUAUCCUUACGGAGCUGAAGUGGGCAUCCGUGUUUUCUACGGUCCACAGAUUCUGGAAGACCAAGAAACUGGCAUUAGAUGCUUAAUCUACAUCUACCAGCAUGAUGGAGUAUUGUGGCUACUGUCUAAGCCCAGCACAAAGUACUCUAGGUUGGCGGUGGUAACACGGGUGAAAUCAAUGAAUUCUGGUAUAAUAUUUCCCAUGAUCUCCUAUAGGAUGUAAGAUUUCAUGGAAAUAAUUUGAAAUCUUAAAAAAAAAAAAAGAAAAAAGUGUUUGAAAAAAAGACUAAAUUUAAAAUAAAAACUUGACAGUUUUUCCAGUAAGAAUAAUAAAUUUGACUUUGUUUUAUACAAAUCUUUAGAAUUCUUUAUUUCCAAACUAAAAAUAUUUAUAAGGGUUGUUAGCCCUGUUGUAAUGUGUUACUUAUUAAAUUAUCUAAAUAUGAUAGUUUCAAUUUUUGUUUGUUUGUUUAGCAAUAUGAACGUCAUUUCUGUAAUAUUUAGGAUAUUGACCAAAAUAUUUUCUGUAGAUUCUUUCUCAGUAGUGUCACUUCUUUCCAUUUUCUUUGGGGUUGCUUUUUAGUGAUGAUAGUCUCAACCGAAGAAGCCACAGAGGUUCUUUGUGGUGAAUGGGGAGAGUCUCAUCUCUAAAGCAUUUCAAAAUGGGAAUUUAACUUUUAGUGCUUAGAUUGCUGUAUUAGAGGAGUCCGUCUUUCACCAUUAAUUAUAGAAGAUAUGGAAGUGACUUAGCCAGCACAGAUUGUGCUGAAACCUUAUGAAUACCCUCUUGAUAACCUCUCACUGGAGACAUUCAGAAGGUAGGGCCUGCACUGUUAACUUCUAAAAUCCUUUUUUUCUUUUUAUCUUCAUAAAUAGAUGAGCAUUUUACAUUAAAUACCAGAUUUUUACAAGCAUUCUGUAUAUGUUGCCUGUCCUGAUUCCCUUGAGUUAAGUAUUAUGCCACCUUUUAUGAGAACAUUUAAAAUUAUAAAAACACCUUCCAUUUUGAGUUUACUUGUUUGAAAUCUGCUCUAUAUAAAUCUGGAAUUUAGCACUGGAACUUGUAAACUGUAUUACCCAGUUAUAUAUACAAGAUUUCAAACUAGUGAAAGCUUUCAGAAAAGAAUGAUUUUGUGGCUGCUGUAUUUCAGUUGCUUCUGUAGUAAGGUGCAAAAUUAUAAAAGGAAUAUAAGUACUUAAACUAUAACUAUAAACACACAAAGUCUUUAUUAAUUGUUUGGAUUUAGGCUGCCUCUAAAUAAACAUUAAUCUUUUUAAAUAUUUUAUUAAUACUGUUGUGAUUUCUGGAAUUAACACACUGAAUUCUUUUAACAUAAUUUUUCUUUCAAUUAAACAGCUUAUAUUUUUAAAUACUUUUGAUACCUGAAACAAAAUACAUUUUCAAACACUGAAGUAGACUUUUAGUCAACUUUUCAUUAAUUGGGUCAUACUUUUGAAAUAGCUUACUGCAGUGAGAAGACAUCUAUAAUUUCAAAUUCAUAGCAGCAUGAAAUGCUUUCAUCUGUUAUCAUAUGCAUUAAUGUGAUCUGAAUGAACUGCUGCAGGUAGGACCUUCAAAGGCCAUUAUCAAGAAUUUUAUCUUUGUCAUAUUUUCUUAGUGAUGACACUGAGUUGCUUUUGAAAUUCCCACUCCUAAAUCUUCAGUAUUUAGAAAGAUCUGAGCGCUCUGAAGAGAACAAUGUUAACUCCAGGUGUAUUAUUUUGAAUGGGGGUAGACCUUACACAAAUUUUCCUACAUUUAGCUUCUUUCAUUUAGUAACUAUAGAAUUGUUAGCCCCCCCCUACCCCCCCCCACCAAGAGAGGACACAGGGAGAAAGUUAUGUGACUUAGUGCCUGUAAAUUGGUGUGUGUCUCUAAUUAGCACUUAUUGGGAUCAGAAAGAGCAAGCAGGAAUACUACCCAUCCACAAGAUACUUGGAGAGAUUAAAAAAAAAAAAAA